AUGGGACGACGACUCUGCUCUUCGCUCGCCUUGUGUCUUCUGAUCGUCGCCGCUCUCGCCUCAGGUUUGUUUUUCUCUUUUUUUCCUUUUAUGCGUUCGUUUUGUUGAAUUGGGGGUUGAGAAAGUAGAGAUGGAAUUAGAAUUAGCGCUUGGUGUAUCAAUUGCGAUAGUUCGAGCAUUUCGAGUGGAGUGCACACUUCAAAAGUUUAUCUUUUUCGAAGAAAUCCGCGGGUGGAGGUAUAAACAUCGCUUCCCCCCGACCAGAUGAUACAAUCCGAACUUUCCAUUCACCAAAAUCACCGCCGCAAAUGCAUUUCUUGGGGUCUCAGAACAUGCGGAAUCCUUUCUCCCCGAAGGGACUUUUCCCUCGAGAGACACUUGCCAACUUUCCACUAAUAGACCCUUUUUGUCGUGUCGCAUCCCGAAAGGCCGGCCAGUUUUUGUGAAGAAAACGGAGAAAAGAAGCCGGCGAGACCCCAGUGAACUCUUAUUUCCUUUCGAAAGUUGAUACUCGCACUUUUUUUUUGAAAUUCAACGUGUCGGAACACUUGAGUAGGUGCGAAAUUUUCCAAAUACGAGUUCAAUUCAGGAAAACUCGCCGGAAGUGCCUCCUUUCGCCCUUUCUUUUCAAGUUCAGGGCGGUAAACGAGUUGUUUGAUGGUGGCAGAGCAGCUCCUACAAAUAUAAUGUUUCUCAGUAUCGUUGCGCUUUUUGCUUUUCAAUAAUUUCCAAUUGUUUGCCAUGCGUUUUUGUUUUGUGUGAAGGAGUCGAAUUGAGCCAAGCUACCGAUGGUAGCCUCUUCUCAAUGGCUUAACAUUUCGGGGGCAAACAGGCGAGGAGGAGAAAAGGAAAUGAAACCUUAGGUCUUCUUUUUCGUCCUCUCCCCCCAUUGAUUGGCAAUUUUUCGGUGUCUAUUGACAUUCGGGAAGCACUGUGUGUUCAGAUGCUUGCAAGAAGACGGCUACUGAGGGGUUCAUGUAUUGUAUGUUGGGAGUAUGUGUAUUUUUUGCGCGACUGAUCGAUCAGUGUUGAAAUAUAUAGAUCGAGCGAUUUUGAGGCAGAUGGUGAACAAGUAUGUACAUACAUUGAGGGGGAAAGUAGAAGUAGAAGUAGAAGAGGGUCAAGAAAAGAACAGCGUUUGUUGGAGACUGGAGACCAGGUGCACACUACUCUAUAGGAUUCAUGAUGCGGAAAUAUUCGCGCCUCCCGUCAGUUGUUGGAAACCUAAUUUGCUUACAAGUUUGGCGGAAAACUGACGUUCGUUCUAAAGAAGCGGCACUUUCCUUUUCCAAACACAAGUACAUUAAUCCAUUACGCAUCACAUAACACCGGCUAGCAGUCCACCUCCACACAGUUAUCCAAAUGUUUAUCUAACUGCCUACAACCGUUUACCAGGCGGUAUUGUCUGCUCUCUCCACUUGAUGAAGAAUGAUAAAAAUCCAUUUUCAUCGAACCUUUUUGAGGGGGGUGGGACGAAAGAACACCUACUAAAUGAUGCGUGUAGCGACAAUUAGGGCGGUGUGGAGUCAAAGGGAGAGGACACCCUCGUGUUUCUCUUGUUGUUCGAAUUAGAAACGCUGAAUAAUAUAUGAAUGGUUGGGACCGCGCCGCCGGGAAUGCUUGAAUUCGUAGAAUAGUCAAUGCGUGGAGGGGGUGGAUGAGGAUACAUGACUGUUUUCAUAAAUACCACCGUUUCGACGCUCUUUUGUCCGGCGAGCUAAUUGCUGGCUUGCACCUAAGUACUACCUUCCGGUCUGUACGCUGCCAUGUUCAGGGAAAAGCAUAGUUAUAAUGUGAGCAUUGCCAAACAAACAAUCUCUGCAAGUCUUUGUACGGUAUGAAAUUUCAUUACAUUUCACUUCGACCACGCACGAACUUGGGUUUUUACAUGACCAUCAAACAGAUCGAGUUACACUCUCCAUGUCUUGUGGCUUCUUCUUCUUCCUCCUCCUCUUUCGGCGCUCUGAACACUCGGUCCCUUGAGGCAAGGGGUGUAGGAGCUUAACGGAAAAAAGAUUUGAUUACCUGACACUCUUCGAGUUACUCGUUCUUUUUGCGCCGGACGCGAGCAACAUGUAUAGAUGUUAUUUACAUUCCUUCCUCCAAAUAGAUUGGUUGUCCGCACUCUUUUCCCUUUUUUUUGGGGCACAAUCAUAACAUUCUAUUAGGUUUUUGGGUGAAAAGAGAAUAGUCGAUGAUAUAAAGGUCAUUGAAUACCUUAUCGUGAGAAAGAGACAUUCAUUGAGACCCGAUCGCAGUUUUUCGCAGACAUCCAUUAUUUAUCGUAUGCUCAUGGACCAAUGAUUGUUCAUAACCCCAAACAUCCCCCAUCCUCUUUAUCCCCGUCUCCUCGUGCUCCGUUACGGGAUAUUAGCAUAUUGGUAUCGCUAAUGAAGACACAUGGUGACAAACGAGCGGAAGACAGACUCGAGUACAUUAUUAUUACCAUUGUUUCUUAAAGUCGGGAACGUAUGUUCCGUUAUGCAAAUUUUGUUUUAGUAUUGGUAUCCGAUGACACCUCGGAAGGGGUUGAAGAAAAGCAAAUGAGCCGAGUGAGCAACACAUUGAUGAGCUCAAAUGCGGCGGGGGACACUUGAGGACCGCGCUGGUAGACAAACAGUUUACAAAGUUGAAGGUGUUGCGUAAGACAAUACUUUUGUCUUUUGUUGACACCUUUCAAGGGAAAAGGACAUAGAAAGCAAGGGGUUGCCACGCACUUCCAGUUUCCAAUUUACAGACAGAAGUUACGAAGACUAUGCGGAUAUUGAAGACUUCUCACGCGUGAGAAGUUCAUUUACAAUAACCCGGGAUAAACGAAUUAUACCACUUUUUGAAGAGAGAAUUCUCUUUGGUCAGUUAGCUGUGUAGCUAUCUUUAAUCUUAACCAUCGUGUUUCCAAAUUUUCCAAACUAUGAAUAACUCUUUGUUUUCGUCAUCUUCCGCCCUAUUGCUUGAGUCAUUUUGUGCAAACAUCAGUUAGCAAAAGAAGGAGAAAGAGGUAAUUGAGUCGAAACAGAUGACUCGAGAAAAUUUUCACACCAUUUUGUGGAAAUUUGAUAUUUUACCCACACUCCCGUCUUAGUUAUAAAUUCACCGGAAAUGGGUAUAACCCAAAAGCUUUUAGCUUUUCGCUAUGCUACUAACCUAUACGAGGGGUUGAAAAUGAAUAAAGUUUAAUAUUUUUCAGACAGUCCGACCGUAUCAGAAAAUGAGAACCCGAUCGUCAUCUCCUCCGAAAAUAUGGACUACGACUCCAACACCAUUACCGUCAGAGAAGGUUCUAGUUUAGACAACUUCCGAUUUGAGUAUAGUUUCAAAUUUUUCAGGCAAGAAGAUCAUGGUCAGCUGUGUGUUCGCGAGCGACGAUUCCAUCCACAAGAGCGAUCUCGUCUGGAAGCAGACCAACGGAAACAAUGUCGACGGAGAGUCCAACCCAAGGUACGUCUCAAACUUCUUGCUGGAUAUGAAUACAACUAGGUGUUUGCCCAGUCUCGUGUUAUAUUUCAUUUCUUGAAUUGGAUAUUUUCCGUCAGACGUAGUUUUCAACUGAAAUAUGAUAUCAACAUGCAGAAAACGCUUGGUUUUCAGCCUUUUCGCAGUGGUUUUGAACGAGAAAGGAAGCAAGCACGUCAAGACAUCUCUCCACUUCUCGUCCGUCCACACCAGGGACACUGGACUGUACACCUGUGCGGCUAGAACUUCCGGAGGACAACACUUCGAGAAGAUCGUCAAACUUGUUGUCUUGCGUAAGACCUUGUCGAUUUACGGGCAUUUGGGUGUUCAAUGUUGUUUCUUUCAGCUGCGAUCGAAUGGAACAACAAAGACACGGUGAAGGGAGCUCUUUUAGGAGAGCCGAUCACGAUCGACUGUGGAGUGAAGAGCCCGUCUGGAAAAGAGCCAAUGAUCCAGCUGACCAAUGGAAACGGAGAGCCACUUGAUGAGGAAAUCUGGACUAUUGCUGGAAAUGAGGCCACGAUCGACAGUUUGAAGAAGGAACACGUGGACUUGGCCAUUUCCUGCAUCACAAUCGAGAUGUACCAGCAGAGCAAUGGAGACGAGUUCCCGGUGGUUGACAGAAAGGAUGUGAAGAUUGAAGUCUACAGUAAGAUUCGGAACUUUAGCUGCUCCUAUCACCCGACUCUUUCUUUCAGCUCUGCCAGAAUUCGCUGCCGGUGAGUCCAUUCAGUACACCGUCAUUGACAAUCAUGCCCGUGACGCUUUCGUCUACUGCAACGUAACCUCCUCCUUCCCAAUCGUCCGCCAGUACACCUUCUAUCACGGCGACGAGGAGAUCAAGCUGAACGAACGAUUCAACAUCUUUGUGAAUGUCGGGCUCACGCAAGGAGCUCAUCUUAAGAUACACAAUGUCAACGAAAACGACUUGGGAACGUACAAGUGCGAGGCCAACAACAUCAAGGGCAAAUCCUUCCAUACCAUUCACCUCAGAGAAGCUAGUAAGAUCCCAAGUACAUGCGAAACCUCAUUUGCGCUAUUUUCAGAUGCUCCAGCCGAGCCAAAGGUCUCCCUCAUUGAGGCCAAGAAGCACUCGAUCAUCUGGAAGGUUGAAUCGAUCGACCAGGAGCCAGACCUUCCGGUGACUGCUGUUGAGAUCAGACACUUGCGUGCUGGAAUCGCAGAGGCAUCUGGAGUUGCCGACGAGGACAUUUCCGACGCCUACUGGAAAAGCCACUCCAUCUUCUUGCAGAAGAACAUUGGUUAGUUUCCCUUCUCCUUGCUGAUGAGCUAAUGUUCAACUUUUCAGAGGACAGCGGAAUCUACGAGAUCAGCGGGCUCAGACACGGGCAUGAAUACGUGUGGAGAUUCAGACAGAUCAACGAGGCUGGAUUUGGUACCACAUAGAAAAAAGUCAAGAAUGAACUGUAUUCUUUGUUUUCAGGAGAGAGCGUGGUGCUACGUGCCAAGACCUACGACGAGCACGACUUGGAGCUUAUGGAUUCUUCGGCCUUCAACUCUAUCUCGCUCCUUCUCUCCGUCUUCACCAUGGUCUUUGCUCGACUUUACUUCUAG